CGAUAACAGCGCUCUUCCCUCUCCCCCCUCAUUUCAGCAUCUUUAGCAAACACUUCAAAAUCCACUGGCCGUAUAAGAAUUGCAGGGAAAGUUAGUGGAACAUUUAACAAAGAAUUGAGACGAACAAAGUCUACAGAAAGAGAAAAUAAGGAGAGGAAGAAAAAAAAAUACUGGAGUUUGGGCAGAUACUGAAAUGGCGGGUGCCCUCCGAAAACUCGCAGCGCUCAUCCCGGGAGUCUGGAUGGUCCUGAUGCUCCUGAACCCGUGUGCUCAGUCUGGAGCGGCGGUAGGUCACAAAGAGCCGAUUCCGGGCGACAGUAAAGACAACACCACUAUUUUCACCAAGAUUCUGGACAGGCUGUUGGACGGGUACGACAAUCGGCUGCGCCCGGGGCUAGGAGAGAGUGUAACGGAGGUGAAGACAAACAUCUACGUGACCAGUUUCGGGCCGGUGUCGGACACAGACAUGGAGUACACAAUCGAUGUCUUCUUCCGUCAGAGCUGGAGAGACGAGAGGCUCAAGUUCGACGGGCCCAUGCGGGUUCUCCCCCUCAACAAUCUCCUGGCCAGUAAGAUCUGGACUCCAGACACCUUCUUCCACAAUGGGAAGAAAUCUGUCGCCCACAACAUGACCACGCCCAACAAGCUCCUGCGACUGGUGGACAACGGGACCCUUCUCUACACCAUGAGGUUAACAAUCCAUGCUGAAUGCCCCAUGCAUUUGGAAGAUUUCCCGAUGGAUGCUCAUGCAUGCCCGUUAAAGUUUGGAAGCUAUGCUUAUACCAACAAUGAGGUGGUUUACAUCUGGACCAAAGGGCAGGAGAUGUCUGUUGCCGUGGCAGAGGAUGGCUCCAGGCUCAACCAGUACGACCUGCUGGGGCAUGUUAUCGGCAAGGAGACUAUCAGCUCCAGCACAGGAGAAUAUAUAGUGAUGACAACGUAUUUCCAUUUGAAAAGGAAAAUUGGCUAUUUUGUGAUUCAAACAUAUCUUCCCUGCAUCAUGACUGUCAUACUGUCUCAGGUCUCCUUCUGGCUAAACCGUGAGUCGGUACCUGCCCGCACCGUUUUUGGUGUCACUACGGUUCUGACCAUGACCACUCUGAGCAUCAGCGCCAGGAAUUCACUGCCAAAGGUGGCGUACGCCACGGCCAUGGACUGGUUCAUGGCAGUCUGUUACGCCUUCGUCUUCUCUGCACUCAUUGAAUUUGCAACAGUCAAUUACUUCACCAAGCGGAGCUGGGCGUGGGAUGGGAAGAGGGAGGGAAUGGAAGUUAGGAGACGAGAAUCUAUAUCUCUUUCCAAAAAGACCAACAACACUUUCAACAUUGUUGGAACAACCUACGCCAUCAAUGUAGCGAAAGACCCGGGUUUGACCACCAUCUCCAAGAGCGCCACCACAGGACCGGCCAAAUUUUCCAGAAUGGAAGAGCAGUUCAUGGAAGUCAAAAAGUCCUACAACCGCGUCAGCAGAGUGGAUCAGAUAUCUCGUAUCAUUUUCCCCGUGCUCUUUUUCAUAUUUAAUUUAGUUUACUGGGCAACGUACGUCAACAGGAAACCAACAAUCAUGAAGUCGAACCCCCAAAAGUGAACUCACUCAGAAAACAACCAAGAAUAUUCUGUGUAAGAGGCCAAGUGUUGUCAAUGAUUUGUUGUUGUAUAUUUGUUUGACUUCAUUUUGAUAUUUUACAAGUCUCCAUAGGUUUAGCUACAGAUACUGUAGAUAUAUCUAUACAGAUUUAGUCACGUCUUAUUUCUUGUUCAUUUGGUCUGAAGGGAAUGAUGUUGGGUUUUGGGGCAGGUCAUACCGACAUUAAGCAGCAGUGUAAGGAAUGUGAGGGAACGCAACCGUUUAUCUCCAUCUUCAUUGCUCGUUUGAGAUGAUCUGCAGUGCCACUCUGUUCACACUCUGUCCACCUGCUCAGCGAUACGCAGAGGGGAGAAGCCGGGCGGUCAUUGGUUGCCUGCUGUGCUGUAGCUCUUUUAGCCCUGCGCAGCCAGGAGAGAUAGAGAACAUUGUUAAUGGUCGUCAACGUCUGCCUUUUUUUACGGUGUUGACUCUCCGCAAACCGUGUUUCCUGUGGGUGAACCCGUGCAUUUACUUGUGCAGUGAGGCUUAUUGUUUUAGCAAUGCAUGUGCGCCUGGGGAGAAGGGGAGAGCGAGAGAAAGAGAGAGAGGGAGAGAGAGAGAGAGAGAGAGAGA